GAUGGUUCCAAAAUGGCCACUGUAUUUGCUCUUCACGGUCGAUGUUUUCCCUGGAUUCAUUCGCUACUUCGCGCACUGGCAUUUGCUUCAUUGUGUUAGUAUACCAAAGCGGAAACGACAGGCCGAGGCACCAGCGGAACAUGGGACAAGCACAGGACUUAGAUCUAAAAAGAAGAGAUAUUGAUCGGCACUAGAACUACAGCAGGCGUUCGUUCUCUUCGUAAUAUUCUCAUCCACCGGCACCGAUACAACAUUUUCAUUACUGUCCAACUUUCAAGAACCAAUAGUCACAGAAAAACUCUAAAAUGCCCUCCGUCUCCUGGAAAACGAAAAACCGGCUCCGUCGGCACGGCGUGGUGAAAAACAACUACGCCUUUUCAGAUGAAGAGGAAGUCGAAGUUGUUACCACGACGACAAAAACUUCUACCCAAGGACGACGAGGAGGAGGACGAGGAGACCCUAGAAGUCGCAGAGAGGGAGAGCAGGUGGGUCAAAAGCAGGUCGGGUCUUACUAUGGCAAAAGUGCUAGAAACGCAACUUCGUCGCACAACAAGAAGGCCCACCAGAACAGCGACGGCAUAACUUCUGGCUCCGAGCAGAGCUGCGAUAGUUCGGAACAGGAUGAGGAUAGUAUUAACUCCAGCGAGGAACACGAACUAGAUGAAGCUGAUGAAUCUCCACUGCAAGAUGACACAUCCGCUUCCAUCAACACGAAGAUGCAAACCAAAGUGUGCAUGUUUGAAUUUAAGCAAAACGACCCGAAGAUGGACACAGGCAUGAAAAUCUGCCGGCUGGGCUUAGCCACCGCCCGGUCGGUUUCUGGUAACGGCGGUGGAGGAGGAUCAUCUUCUUCGGCGACCAGCUCCUCUUACCAGGGAAUUGUCCUGUCCUCCGAAAUAUCAAAUGCAAAAAUCCCUCGACGUCUGGAAGGUUGGAGCUUGUGAUGCUAACUUUGGACUCUACAAAAAUCUGUAUUGCAUGAUCAGCAACAGGAGUCUAGUUUGUGCUACGCGGGGCGGGCAUUUGUCAUGCGGAAUAGGCAUCAGGAGGUUUUCUAAAAAUCUGUGAUGCUAGGUCAUGCAUUACAGACAUCCUGGGUCAUGCAGAAUAUGCAUGACAAACCCGGAAACAUUCCAGACCCAGACACUUUUGCAUUUGAUACGAAACCUCCGUCUGCAUCUCCCCCAAAGACCGGGACAUUAUCGAAAAGUCCGGGAUUGCGGGCAUUAAUUGCAGCUGGAUAUGAAUUGCAAAAGCUUCGUACUAGUGUGAAUUGCAUUACAAAUUUCCUCAGCAUGAAAAAUCGAAUUUGUAAUGCUGUUUGACCUUAGAAAAAAGAUUUGUUAUGCAUAACUGCAAUUACUACGAGUGCGAUUCUUUUGCAAUGCAUACUGAAACCGGUUAACCGAAAUCCCGUUUCAGAAGUUGGGAAAACAAAAAAACCACAGAACCUUACCCUAUUUACUAGCCGCCAACGACACCAACUACGGGAAACCCUACAAACUCUCCACCGCCGAGGCGAUUGCGGCCUGUCUGUGGGUGACGGGGUUCAAGAAAGAUGCGGAGUUGAUUCUUUCAAAAUUUAAGUUCGGCGACCAUUUUAUCGAUUUGAACCGGGAAUUUCUGGAGCUCUACAGUUGCGGAGGUAAUGGGGAUCGAAGCUGCGACAGCUCGGUCGUGCGAAAGUUGGAGAGAACGGUGAUCGAGAACCGGGAGCGACAGAGGGCGGAACUGCGGCAAGGGGCCGUUGGGUAUGAGGACAUUUACGGGGAGUUGGGGCUGAGUGACAGUGAAGAUGAUUGUUCUGAUUGUAGCGAGGAGGAAGAGGAGGAGGAUUCUGACUGCGAUAUUAAAAGUUGUGAAGAUUCUGACUGCAGCGACGAAGAAGAUCCGGAAGUCCAGUACCAGAAGCACCUGCGGAGCUUGCGCCGUGGACAACAACAACUACAGGGGUCCUCCUGUUCGGAUGAAGAGGACCACGUGGAGGAAGACGCUUCACAGGAAAGAGUACGACGACGAGACAAGGACGAUUCUGAUUCCAACGCAGACGAAGAGGACAUUCUAACUGGCGACAGUGAAGAAGAUCAAGAAGAAGAAGAUGAACCUGGUUGUGGCGGCAAAAACAAGUCGUCGACAUCAUUCACCCCCGCUGCAGUUCCAAAACUGAAAACGCUUUUCCAGGAGGAUUUGGAUCAAGAUGUCAACACGAAUUACAGUAAAAGUUGUGCCCCUACUUCCAGUGCUCGAGUGCGGUUUGACCGGAAGGAUGUUGACGGAAAGAACAUCAAGAAAGGAGCUCCCAGAGAACAACAGCAGCAGCUUCUUGCCGAAGCAGCAGGUGCUCCUGGCAACCGGCAGAUAAGAGAUAUGUCUUCUGCAGAGGACAGCAGAAGUGGAACGAGCAGUAGUUCAUCCGACUCCUCAUUUCAUCUAGCGACGCCGAGCAACGGCACUAGCGAGGAAGAAGAUAAUAUCGAGGCAUUGGAGCAAAUCGACCCGUUUCAAGAGUUAGCGAGUCCUCGAGCAGCAGCUUCUCAACAUUCUUUAACCACAAGAACUCCGGAACAGGUUGUAAAGAGCCAUAGAAGCUGCAGUGGCCGCCAAGAGCGCGAACUACCUGUCACCACGGAUCUGCGACGAGGAAGGAAAGGUGAGGGCGACGAGCUCGAGCACGACGAGGGCGAAGGUGCUGCAAAUAAAGCAGCGAAAAACAAGAAGUCACCCAAGAAUGCGCAAGGACAAGAACCCCGCCCGCCGGUUCAACAUCUCAGGGAAACGCUCUUGCCUCGACUAGACUGAAGUACGUGAUGAAGAUUCUUCGCCAUGAUGUCGGGAAGAGUAUUCGGAGAGCACCACCACACUAUAAAUAUUGAUUUUUGGUGAAAUAUUAAGCGACAAGAACUACUACUACCGGGAGAGCAAAUUGUAGCUCGACCAAAGGAUGAAACUACUCUCAACAUAACUUGGUACCACGGAGCAAUGUUCUUGAACCAUUUACUGAAAAUUCUGCGACUGAAGAAGAGCUGCUGGGCCGGCUUGGGGCUCGAGGUCGAGCAGCAGUGUAUGAAACCCAU